AUGCACGUGCUGUCCAUGAACAACGGGAGUGUGGUCGCCUUGAAUCGCACUGCAUCCAACUCAACUCUUGCCAGCCCCGGUCUCCCGAUAACCGGUGCCACAUCCACCAUGUCCACUGCCUCCGUGCAUGUAUUUCGUUUUCCCUCUGCCGCACUGGCCAAAUUGUUCUGGCAGUACGCGGUCGCGUGUCAUGCAUUCUUUCGCAUUCGUGAACCGUCCUCCGGAGGUGGCGGUGUCGGAUUUCGUGGAAGUGUGGCUGGGAGCACAAUGACUUCGAUCUCGGCCACUGCAUUCUAUGCGGCAAUCCAACGAGCCACUGGCGGAUUUCGACGCUACUUCUCCCUGGCCCGACGGGACAGUACCGUCACCGCCAGUCUCAGCGGACCAGUGGGUGGAAUUGGACGUACUCUGUCCACUGUGAUGGAACUGCGUCGGAAUUCCCGCGUAUUCGAUCGUGGUUUUUCCCGAGAGAAUGAGUCAGUUGGAAACCUGAACACUAUCUCCCUCGCGAACAGUCGUAUCAUCCACACUCCACGGCAUCUCACUUGUUCACCAACGUAUCACGUGAUCCAAGACGAAGAUCGAAAGGAGGCUGUUGCGUCCAGUCGGCGGAGCAAUCGACGUUCACUGGUCAGCUCCAAUACCAACGUGACAUUCGCCCCAUCUGCGGGAAUGCGAUCGUCCUCAAACAAUUCACUGAUUGAGACACCUGUGGGGGUCUCGAACGCAGUCCCGGUAAAAACGUACACCCAGAUGCCUCCACCGGGAGCACGUGCAAGCUACGCAGGCAAACACUGGGGUUCACGACAAAGCGAGACUACAGCUGCCACCUCAAGAUACAGUUCGAUGUCUGCAGUCGGUCCCCGACAAUCGAAACGACCGGCUCCGGGUACAAACAGUAGUAUGUCAGCAUCCUAUCAGCAUCCACAACAAGAGUCAUACCCGUUGGGUUCACGUGGUUCGUCCACCCCAGCGGAUAAAUCCACACGCACGCGUGGUUCAAAAUCCGGCAGCCCUACUGCUCCAGGCCCGUCCAGUCGAACCAGUCAACGUCGUGGACCUCCGGCAUCUCCGUCGAGAAGUCAUGCGAAUGCCACUUCGCCGAAAUCUUUGCGUCGCACCCCAGAACCACGCAAUACGGACAGAUUUCGUCAAUCGCCCGGCCAAUUUAACGAUGAUGAGAACGACCUGAACGGACUGAACCAUUCCGAACCUUCGGAUUCCGACCUCACACUGAACGGGGGUGAUUUUGACGAGACCGAGGCCGCCGGAUACUGGCAUCAACGACGUGCACAAGCUGUCCGUGGUACAGGACGUACACCAUCGUCCAAUCGAAUGCGAACCAAUUCCGGUUCGUCACGUCCCGAUAUAUCUGCAAAACGUCGACUGGCCCCGGAGCCGUUUCUGGGUUCAAGCGAAUUGCCUCCCGGCACAGAGAUGGUUUACAAGGCCGGAUUCUCCCGCACGGGCAGCUCGGCGAUUCAUCGUGUUCCGCUGACCGGGUCAACCAAAACUGUCGACAAGUUAGAUAGCCACAGGGAAGGUGGUGGUGGUUGUGGUGGUGAUGGUGAUGGUGGUGGUUGUGGUGGUGAUGGUGGUGGUGCUGGUGGUGCUGGUGGUUGUGGUUGUGGUGACGGUGGUGGUGGUUGUGGUGAUGGUGGUGAUGGUUGUGGUGGUGAUGGUGGUGGUGGUGAUGGUUGUGGUGAUGGUGGUUAUGGUGGUGGUGGUUGUGGUGGCGGUGGCGGCGGCGGCGGUGGGAUUCAAAACACACGAUCGGAUACUUGCUGA